AUGAUGGAGACUUCUGAAACAAAGUCAGAUAAUAGGAUUGAGAUCAAAAUAACUAUAGCUCGUGCAACCAACAUGCAUGGAAAAAAGGCAGGAACUGUCCAAAGUUUUCUUCGAAUGGAUAUCAAUGGUACGAUGGUAGGAGAGUCUGAAAAACGUACGGUCGACCCUGCGGCCCAGUACAUUGAGUAUGACUUCACCCACAAAUUUAAAUGCUAUAAUGAAGCGCUGGCUCUCAAUGAUAUCCUGCAUAAACCAGUCGUAGUGACGUUAACAGAGCUUGUUCCUGAGAAGAAAAAGGUGGAGGCAAAGUCAAUAGUUCUGGGUGAGGCAGUGAUCGACCUGAUGCCUUUACUGCAAGGUGUAUGCAGCUUCACAUCCACACCUACACUGCAUGCAGUAAACGGUGCUACAGAAAAGGUCUCCACCCCACCCCUCGUUACCAAGCAUCCGGUUUUGGAUGUUUGUGUCAGUGCAUCAGCUCCAUUACUGACCGAAGAACAACUUGCAUCUUCCAACCUGAUGAAGGUGUCUUUGGAGACACUUUAUUCACUUCCUGACACAUUUAAUCAAGGUUUUGGGCCAACAGCCCCUCCAUACAUAUGCACUGCAAUAAUGGAGGUCCCAUGUACCGCAGAGAAGGACCAGCUAAUGUUGUUUAGUGAAGGACAACUCAAGGCAGGGGGGCACAGGGAAGACAAUGACCGACAAAGGAAGAGGCCACAUCAUGCCCUCCUGAGCCCUGGGAAUCAAUUCCUGCCAGAUGCUUUUUUCCACUCUCAACCCAUUGAUCAAGAAGAUGGCGAGCUUACUGGUAUAGAGGACUGCGAGUUCCGUAAUGAAGCUGAGACCAUGCUGAACAGAGUGAGCUGGGACAUAGAAAUGCCCUGUUUUCUGGAUGCAGAUGGAGUUACCAGGCUCCGUCAGAAAAUCACAGAGAGCAGAUACUGGCCACUUGAGAUCAUGAAGUCAACGCUUGCCAAUGAAAAGUCAGGUGCAGCUCCCAAGGGGCAAACAGAGGAGGAACCACAUGUCCCCUCCCAUGGUGUGGCCUUUAUUGACAUGGGCCGCUUACUUUAUCCAGGAGUUACCCAUAUCCGUGGGGCAUAUACUAUUCAACCUUAUUCGAGCACAUUAUUGCUCAACAAGACCAGGAGAAAUGUCAGUUUGUUAAAAGAACAAUUAAAGCCAGGAAGCAGUAAAGACCGUUCUGGUGCAGGUGCAGCUAGUUCUGCAAAGCCCAAUGCGGGAAAGGCCAAAGAUGGCAAGGGGCAUGUUAAGGGGACUGGCAAUCAAAAUGGAACUGAUUCUAACGGCUCUGAUCACAUUCCUCCAGACAGAAAAGCAUAUUUGGACUUCAGGACAUACAUUAUCAUUGAAAUCACAUUAACAAAUGCACUCAUACCCAAAACGUCAACAGAAGAAUUGGCAAAAAGGGUGAAAGCACUGAUCCCCCCAAGACCUCCAUCAACUGGAGGACCGAACAAAGCUGAAAAAGCAGUACUGAACUUUCACAAGCAGGUGAUCAAUGUGGUGAAACAUAUUUUGGAGCAGUAUGAGGAGUUGUUUGGAACGAGACUCAAACUGCCCAAUGACUGUAAUCGAGAGCAAAUGAUGGCUCAGCUGAUGGGAGCGCUCAAUGUGUCUGGGAGAUAUUUUGCCUUCAAAGAGCAAAUAAAGCCCGCUGUAGUGAAGUUUGUGCGUGACAAGAUGCAGCAGACAGACACAUUUACUGAGCAGCAGGAUCUGCAUGAAUUCGUCAGCAAGCUCUAUGUGGACCUUGUAGAUGAGACGCAUGUUGCUCUCAACAAAAUCUAUUCAAAUGGAAGUGAAGAUGACUCUCCGGAUGAGAUCCAUUUGACUACCUCUCAUCUUAAACAUUUUGCCCGAGAGGCUCAGCUCAUUGGGAAUUAUCCGCUGGCUGUUCAUUAUUACAAAGAGCUGGUCGUCAGACAUCCCCGUGAACCCUCUUACAAGUUUAAUUGGGGAAACCUUUACAUGGAGACCGGAGAUUACAUAAAGGCAAAAAUGUGUUUCCAAGAUGCUGUUGCUGUCCAGCAGGCUCACCAGCCCAGUCUGAUUAUGUGUGGUGUGCUGGCAGCCAUGUUUAAUGAUUUUGAGCAGGCUGAGACUUUCUUGGAGCGAGCUUCCAGCAUGGAGCCUCUGAGUUUGGUGGCCUGGACUUUGCUUGGUUUGGUCCAGGACAGCCAAAACAAAUGCAUCCUAGCUGAAAGGGCAUUCCUGGAAGCCAAAAGCCUUCUGAAAGGAAAGGAAGCAAGCAAUCAGUCCCACAAUACAGAAGAGUCAGAUGUAGAUGAAGAAAACGAGAGGCAGAAGGACCAGGAAGUGGAAAGUCUACCCACAAGCCACUCUUCUAAUAAAAAGCAUAGCGACACUGAGAAUGGUGAAACAGUGCCUAGUGAACCUAAAGAGAAAGUAAUCUCCAAGUCCAUUUACACAGAGACCCUUGAGUUUCUCUUGCACAACCAUGCCCUUGAGAUGGCAGAGCACGCUCUUUCCAAGGAACUGAAUUCAGAUGGCAAUCAUAGUUUUCAUCUGGCUUGUGUGCAGUCACUCAGAGCUGAGUAUUGCAGUGCCAUUGCCACCCUCAGGGAGGCGCUACUUCGGGUAGAGCCGGUAGCAGAUAUGUGGGCUCUGGAUGGUCACUGUCACUACAUGUGUGGCUCAUUUCCUGAGGCCCAGGGGAGUUAUGAACGGAGUCUAGACUUCCCAGAGCAGCCUACAGACACCCACCUUGUUCUUCUCCGCCUGGGAUCCAUCUAUCUCCAGGAGGGAAAGUUUGAGCAAGCUAAAAUGACGUACCUGCUAGCUUGUGAAAGAUCUCCCUCCUGCCUAACCUGGUUAGGCCUCGGUAUCUCCUGUUACCGGCUGGAGGAGCUUUCAUUAGCUGAAGAAGCUUUGACAGAGGCCAACCAUUUGAACAACCAGAAUGCCGAGGUUUGGGCCUACUUGGCGCUUAUAUGCCUCAGGUUUGACAGGCAAGAGGAGGCGACGCUGUUUUACAAAUAUGCUAUCAGGUUCAAUCUGGAGAACAUUUCACUUCACAAGGAGGUAAAAGAGCUGCAGGAUCAAGUCCAAACCCGUCCUCUGGCAUCAUGCUUUGAACCACACUCUUGA